CCCCAGCCCAGUCAGCAGGAAGGGAGCCAGGCUGUGAGGGCUCCCACCAGAUUCCAAGCCCUGGGCAGUGCCACCCUUAACCGGCCCAGUCUUGAAAACAGAAUGAGGGGGGUUUCCUGCCUACAGGUCCUGCUCCUACUUCUGCUGGGAGCUGCUGGGACACUGGAGUCUGCAGUCUGCGGGCAACCUCGUGUGUCCAGUCGGAUUGUGGGGGGCCAGGACGCCGGGGCCGGAGAGUGGCCGUGGCAGGCGAGCAUCCAGCACCGCGGGGCGCAUGUGUGCGGGGGCUCGCUCAUCGCCCCCCAGUGGGUGCUGACGGCAGCGCACUGCUUCCGGAGUCGGGCGCUGCCGACCGAGUAUCGCGUGCGCCUCGGGGCGAUGCGCCUGGGUCCUGCCUCGCCCCGCGCUCUCUCGGUGCCUGUGCGAAAGGUGCUGCUGCCCCCGGACUACUUCGAGGACGGGGCCCGCGGCGACCUGGCGCUGCUGCAGCUGCGCCGCCCAGUGCCCCUAAGCGCGCGAGUCCAGCCUGUCUGCCUGCCGGAGCCCGGGGCCCACCCACCACCCGGUACACCGUGCUGGGUCACUGGCUGGGGCAGCCUCCAUCCUGGAGUGCCACUUCCAGAGUGGCGACCUCUACAGGGAGCAAGGGUGCCAUUGUUGGAUUCGCACACCUGUGACCGCCUCUACCACAUUGGCACCAAUGUGCCCCUUGCCCAGCACAUAGUGCUCCCGGGGAACCUGUGCGCUGGCUAUAUCCAGGGCCACAAGGAUGCCUGCCAGGGUGACUCCGGGGGACCCUUGACCUGCUUGAAGUCUGGGCGCUGGGUCCUGGUGGGCGUGGUGAGCUGGGGCAAGGGCUGUGCCCUGCCCAACCGUCCAGGUGUCUAUACCAAUGUGGCCAUUUACAGUCCCUGGAUUCAGGCUUGCCUCAGCCUCUGAUGUGGUGACACUGAACUGGAGUCAGACACUUAGGUCCUCAACUACCUGGGCCAUCUGGGGACCUGCACAUCCACUUCUGACUUGAGGCUCAUAGGCCUGAUAAAGCUAAGGGGCCAUCCAUUCGUCCAUCUGUCCAUCCCUGCCUCUUCCUUGGAGCUCACCAAAUCCAAGCUGUCAUCCCUCGUCUAGAAGCCACCCAUGUGUCGGAGUCUCACACUUCUGCCUUCCCCUUCCUGCUCAUUUACCCUCCUCAGCUGCAGCAAGGGCUGGGCCUGGCACCCAGAUACAGGCAAGCAAACUAGUGCCUGGUCUGGCCUGCAUGCCCCUUUUUCUAGAGGAAGUCAGGGAGAUUCAAGUGGAGAAAGAUUUGGCACCACCAAGGAGAUGGCUGUCCAUCGCUAGCUUUGAAGGUGGGGGCAGGUCGCGUGGCAAGGAACUGCAAGCAGGGGCUGAGGGCAGC